AUGUCUCAAAUGACGAUAUACAUAAUAAAGGAAAACGUGUGUGAAAAAAAUGAUUCGAAUCAACGAAACGAAACGAAAGUUAAGAUGCCCGACGAAGUCAUUAAUUUAAACACGAAAAAAAUAAUAAACGAAACGAAUAAUCACGUUAUUAUUAAUAAUAAUAAUAAUAACAAUAAUGAUAACGACAGUAAAAAUUUGGAAAGAGAUAAUAAUAAUCCGAACACGUCGAUACAAGUUGACAUACCCGAAGAAUUAUCAUCCCUAAGGACAAAGAGUUUGGGAAAUUCAUCGACGGCCAAGAAAAAUUUCGUUAGAAACAAAGAUGGCGGCGUCGGCGGCGGUUUGUCAAAAUUGGGUUUUGUUAGAACGUCGGAUUUAAGGUCACGACAAAAAAGUUCAUCGGAUUCCAGUUAUACCAACGUUGGUUUCGAAGGAAGCAGCGAUUUUCGUUGGUAUAACAACAACGAUAAGCCGGAUAACAAUCAAUCGAACGUAUUUAAUUCAAAAUGGUUGACGAAUAAUCACGAUGUCAAAUCAGAAAACGGUUAUAAAAAUCAAACAAACGGGUUUCACACGUCGGAAAGUGACAUUUUUCCAAUCAGAGGAGGCGGUGGCGUUGGCGUCGGCGGUGGCGGUUAUUCAAACGAAUCAUCUUCGAAAUCCAAUUCUUUAUUUAAAAGUUCAUCGAAUUCUCAAAUAUCAUCGUCAUCGACGACGAAAGGAACGACAACAUAUCAAUCGAACAGACAAUUAAAAUUUACCGGAAACAAUGGCGGAAGACCUUUAUCCGUAUUAUCAAUGCCUCCUCAACCUUACAUUCCUCAUCCGUCAUUGAAUUAUCCUCCACCGUAUAAAAAUUGUUGUCCGUGCGCGACCGCGAGCAAUUGGAAUAAAAGAACGGGGAACAAUGCGGAAUCGACGUUGAGUUUAACGGACGAUGUUGAAACACCGGAAGGAUUAUCGUGGAGGAGGUUACACAUGUCGAGAGCAAAAUUAAAAGCUACUGCCACGACAUCGGAAUUAUUAUCGGGUUUUGCAAUGGUCGCUAUGGUGGAAUUACAAAUAAAUUCACCGACGGACGUGCCUGAAUGGUUGUUUGUAUUAUUUGCCGUUUGUACAACAAUAUUAGUGUCGGUACACAUUUUUGCACUAAUGAUAAGCACGUACCUGUUGCCGAACAUAGAUGCCGUAAGCAAAUUACACGUAUCGUCUUUGGUCACGGAGUCCCCCCACGACAGAAUGAAAAGUUUCAUAGAACUCGCUUGGGCAUUUUCAACCAUUUUGGGACUUUUUCUAUUCCUCGUCGAAAUUGCGAUACUCUGUUGGGUUAAAUUUUGGGAUUAUUCUUUCAAAGCCGCCAUAUCCGCGACCAUGAUCGUCAUACCCGUUUUGAUACUUUUCGUAGCGUUCGCCAUACAUUUCUAUCACUCUCUCGUCGUUAUCAAAUGUAAAUCAUCCGUGUCAAACAUGCAAGAAUUGGAAAAUAUAAAAAGACAAUUGGAUAACGUAUCCCCGGCGUGA